UAAAAAAACUAAACUCUCAUUUGUGAAAAACAUGGCUUCUCGUUGUCUUUUUCCAUCUCUUCUCCUUCUCCUUCUCCCUCUGUUAGCAACUGCAGUUUUUGCUGCAACAGAUAUGUUCCCUUACACUUGUUCUGAAAACAUCAAAACAUGUAAUGCCUCACUUUACCAUAUCAACACCGGCUACCAGAAAGAACAGAUUGCUUCGUUUUACUCUGUCAAAACAUCCCAGAUGACAAAUAUUUUUCAUGGGGAAAAAACCGACUACCUUAUAAAAGUACCUUGUUCUUGCCAGAAUGUUAGUGGCACUUUAGCAUACUUUUACAAUACACCUUAUUUGGUGAAAGAUGGUGAAAUAUUUGCAAACGUUUCAGCCCAGAUUUACAGUGGCCAGGUUUGGAGGAUUGGAGGAGAAGAUUUAUUUAUUGCAGGAAAUACCACUAUUAUGCAUCUUUUGUGUGGAUGUGCGGAAAGUAGGGCUGAAAUAGUGACAUACACAGUGCAGAACCAAGAUACAUUAUCGAGUAUUGCUGGCUUGUUAUCGGCUGACAUAAGUAACAUAGAGAGCAUCAACAAAGUUUUCACUCAAAACCCGCAGUUCCUAGCUGUGGGUUGGGUGUUGUUUGUGCCAAAGGGAGCAGUUGGAAUUCCAGGACAAGAGAAAGGAUAUAGACACAAGGGGGCAAUAUUCAUUGGCAUAUUAUCAGUUGUGACAGUAUUAUCAAUUUCUGCAUUGGUGAUUAUUAUUAUCAGGAGAAGGAGACGUCAAAAUUAUAGUGAGGAAGAUCACAAAGCUGUUUCCAAGAUCUUGAGUUCAACCAGAAAAUUUUCCUUUCCAAACCAGCAAAUGAACAUAGAAACCAUGGAAGAUGUGACUGGCCUUGAAUCAGAACGACCUGUAAUAUAUACGCUCGAGGAGAUUGAAGAGGCUACAAAUGACUUUGAUGAAACAAAGAAAAUUGGAGAGGGUGGAUAUGGAUGUGUCUACUUUGGAGUGCUUGGAAGGAAGGAAGUUGCAAUAAAGAAGAUGAGAUCCAACAAAUCGAAGGAGUUCUUUGCAGAACUUAAGGUCUUGUGCAAAAUUCAUCAUAUAAAUGUGGUGGAGCUGCUAGGAUAUGCCAGCGGAGACGAUCACCUCUACUUAGUUUAUGAGUAUGUUCAGAAUGGGUCGCUCGAUGAAUACCUACAUGAUCCACUACUAAAAGGUCGGCAGCCUCUCUCUUGGACAGCAAGAACGCAGAUUGCCCUGGAUGCUGCAAAGGGCAUAGAAUACAUUCAUGAUCAUACAAAAGCACGACAUGUGCAUCGAGAUAUAAAAACUAGCAACAUUCUGCUUGACAAGGGACUACGUGUAAAGGUUGCAGACUUUGGACUGGCAAAGCUUACUGAACGAACUAAUGAAGAGGAAGUAAUAGCAACAAGGCUGGUUGGAACACCAGGCUACCUUCCUCCAGAGUCUGUAUUGGAGCUACAAGUGACCUCCAAAACUGAUGUUUUUGCAUUUGGAGUGGUUCUAGCAGAGCUUAUAACAGGCCAACGAGCACUUACUCGAGAUAACCGGGAGCCAAACAAGAUGAGAUCACUCAUUGCAGUUGUAAAUAAUAUUUUCCAGGCUGACGAUCCAGAGUCCGCUUUAGAAGAGGUCAUAGAUAAAAAUCUUCAGGGCAGCUACCCUAUAGAUGAAGUCUUUAAGAUGGCAGAAAUUUCUGAGUGGUGUAUAAGUGAAGAUGCAGUGAACAGGCCUGAGAUGCGAGAGAUUGUCGUAACACUAUCUCAAAUAGCCAUGUCCUCGAUCGAGUGGGAAGCAUCACUAGGAGGGAGCAGCCAAGUUUUUAGCGGGAUAUUUAAUGGAAGAUGAAGAAGUUAUCUAUGGUGUGAUCUUGAUGAUGACUUAUAAGCUAAUGAUGUAAAAUCUGAUAUUUUAUAGGGGGUGAUUUUGAUGUCUGGAAUGUCAGUAGCAAGAUGGCCUUAGAAAAUACAAGAAUACAUGCUAAUUUUUGCAGCAUGAAGUGAACUAGUUUUUCUUGUUUUUUUAUUUGAAUGUUGCAGAAACUUUCCAAUUUGGCUAAGAGAAUUGUUCAGUUUCCAAUUUGCC